AAGCUUCAAGAAACAAAGACAAAGAGGAAGACAAGCGCGCGAACAGAGGACCCAAAACGCAGAGCGUAAGCAAACCCUAGCGACCCAAAUGGCCGAGAAAUUGGCUCCAGAGAAGCGCCACAGCUUCGUUCACAAUGGUCAGAAGGUGUUUGAAUGGGACCAAACCCUAGAGGAGGUGAACAUGUACAUAAAUCUGCCCCAAAAUGUUCCUUCAAAGCAAUUUUUUUGCAAAAUCCAGUCGAAGCACGUCGAAGUCGGCAUCAAAGGCAAUCCUCCCUACCUCAAUCAUGAUCUUACUAGCCCAGUGAAGACAGACUGUUCUUUCUGGACACUAGAGGAUGAUAUAAUGCACAUUACACUGCAAAAGAGGGACAAAGGGCAGACAUGGGCUUCACCUAUAGUGGGGGAGGGUCAGCUAGAUCCUUACUCCACUGACCUUGAGCAGAAGCGCCUCAUGCUUCAGAGAUUUCAAGAAGAGAACCCUGGUUUUGACUUUUCACAAGCCCAGUUCAAUGGAGGCUGCCCUGAUCCGAGGACCUUUAUGGGUGGCAUCCGCUCUGAUUGAUGAGUUUGGUAUGCUGCAUUAGUUGCCUGCAUUAGCCUGGGUCUCAAUGAUGUUCUUGCUCGAACCCAAGUUAAAUUCUGCUUGAUUAUUGAGCUGGUCUUCUAUGCACAAUAUCUUGCACAAAGGACCGAUUUCCGUGAUUUGAAAAACACAGAUGUGGUGUUAGCUAAAGACUCUUUGAUGCCAAAGUUAGAAUAAGUAAUCUAUAGUGAUACUGUUUGAUGCCAAAGAAUAAGUAAUGAAUAGUGAUAUUGUAGAGUCGCAAUAUAAGUGACCUUGAGAAUGAGGUUGUACUUUUGGAUUGUUACAAAGACUUUUCUCUUCUUGUUUUGACACUUAAUAGAGCUUUUAGGCAUUGUUUA